UCGUUACAAAACGCUGACAACACCGGAUCGAAAAUGUUUUGGGAUCUGCUUGGUGGAAUUUUCGAGUUUCUUUUCGGGCUCUUGUUUCCUAGUUCUGGUAGUGGGGAUGAGCCAGACUCCGAGGAGGUCGAAACCACUUGAUGGCCUACAUAUAAGUUAAUAU